AUGCCAUGUGGAGGCGUUUUCCCCGGCAAUGAUUUGUAUUUUCCAGUGCCCACUGUUGAAUUUUUAUCAUGUCUAGAUGAGCUUGGCCUUCCGCGGGAUUGCUGCGGUAAAAGUCAGCUAGAAAAUCCACAAACUGUUGCCAUGGCUUGCCUUAGACUCAUAGAGGCUAUCACGUGCCCAGUUGAGCUUUCUUUAACCGAUUCAAAAGCAUCCUUAUUGCGUGAAAGCUUUAACUAUGGUUUGCACUUUGGAGUAAGACUGUGGAAAGCAAUAUUCGCAUGGUUUGAUGCGAAUACAGUGGCUGUAGGCGAAGAAAGUCUCACAAGCCUUCUGGUCGAGUUUGUCUCGUUUUCCAGAAAAUUAUGCUCCUAUUCGACUCGGCUUAGUUCACGCAUUGAUCAGAAGGUGUUGUUGCCUUUAUUUCAAUGUGUCGUCGACCUUGUGGACCCUGAGAAAUUAAAGCGAAGCAAUGAAUUACAACAGGUUCUAGCUGAAUUUCUGAUGGAAGUAAUUCGCCUAAGCCAAUCGUCAGCAGGAGUGGAAGGCUUGGUCGAGGAGCUGUUUUUCUACCCCUUAUCCGACAUUGGUGCUAAUUUAGACUUCUUUCAAACACUACAUCAAUCACUCCAGGUAAACCAGCCAUACCCAAUACCGGCAGCGACGAAGCGGACUAACAAGGUAUAG